UAAGGACAAGGGCACACUCUUCUGUCAGUGUUGUUUUCUUACAUGAGUACCAAACAUGGCGAGGUUUCUGAGGCCUAACAUCCGGAGUUUUGUCACCUCACAGCUGAGAAUGUCAUCCGACCAGUUGGGUGAGCUGGGUAAAGGUGCAGGAAAAGGUGGUGGAGGUGGAGGGUCCAUCAGAGAGGCCGGUGGAUCCAUGGGGAAGAAACAGGCUGCUGAGGAGGAAAUGUACUUCAAGCGUAAGGAGCAGGAGCAGCUGGCUGCACUGAAGCAACACCACCAGGAGGAAAUUGACCACCACAAGAAGGAGAUUGAACGCCUGCAGCGGGAGAUCGACCGCCACAAGGGAAAGAUCAGGAAGCUGAAGCACGACGACUGAGUGAAACCUUGCCCAAAAAAAAAAAAAGAAAUGUAAAGGUUCCAGUUUUCUCACCGUCCCAGCCAAACACAUUAGUAAUCAAAGAUUGCUGCAUGCACUGUGUCAGAGGGCCAGUCAUGAAUGUGUGGAUGAUUGUUCUGUAAAUGCUUGAAAGUUAUUAAACCAAUCAUAAAAUGAUUGUUGUUUUCAUGGCAUGCUGUGAAACAAGUUGUACUUUUUCAUUCAGCUGUUAGUGUACGGUUACUGUGCUUUAAAUUGAAGGCAAAAGGCAAAUGUGGUAAAACAAUAUCUUUAAUGCUUCAUAUGAUAAAAUCAACACAUCGUGUGUAUAAAUAAAUGUUAUGUGGUAGCUCUGUCUGUGGGGUCUGAAACAGUACUCAACUGACAAACCAAAGUUUAUCGCCAACAAUUAUUGGAGAAUUGACCAAUUAUACAAGUCGUUUAUUAAAGAAAAAUAUCAAACAUCUCCUAGUUCCACAUUUGAGGAUUUGCUGCUUUUCUGUUUUGUUGUUUUGUUUUGUGCAAAAUUAAUAUCUUUGGGUUUUGAACUGUAAGCACUCACCUCUUGGAAUUUCUGAAGGACAUUUUUCACUUUUUCUGGCAUUUAACAAACAAAACAAUUGAUUAAUUUGGGAAAUAUUUGAAAGUUAAUGGAUAAAGCAAAUACUUACUAGUUGCAGGCAGUCCUACAUUUUGAUAUGAAAAGGUGAAAUUAUGAUCUGAAAAGGAACUUUGUCAUUAAGGCAACAUGACAUCGUUCACAAGUUCACCCACAAAUAGGUCACAUGCAGUAGAUUUUCAAGCAACAUAUUGUAUGUCAUAGAAAAUUACAACUCAAGUGUCCAGCAUCUGUCAAAUUACCUGAACUUACUUAAAUAAUGACAUUUUAAGAAGGUAUUCUGACCAUAAUAUACAGUCACUGAGCUCUUUAUUAGAAACACCUGUGUGCAAUGCAACAACUCUGUCAUAAAUUCUACUCUUAACUAA